AUGCGAAGGACUAGGAGUUCUACACCUGUUGAGCCUCUGAAUCCUGAAAUUGAGCACACACUCCGUCAGUUGAGAUCUAAGAAAAGGACUGAAGAGCUUAAUAUGGACAACAACGGGGUGAACAACAACGGUGGCAAUGGCAAUAAUAACAAUCAACCAGCAGCUGCUGGGGCUCCUCUUAAUCCAGCGCAGCGGGCAGUGUGUGAUUUUUGCAUGCCUGUUGUUAAUGAGAAUCUCACUGGAAUAGCAAAUCCAGCCAUUGCUGCCAACAACUUCGAACUGAAACCUGCACUAAUUAACAUGGUGCAGCAAAAUCAGUUUGGGGGUCUAGCUACUGAAGACCCUAACAUUCAUUUGGCCAUAUUUCUGGAGGUAUGUGCCACAGUGAAGAUGAAUGGCGUUACUGAUGAUGCCAUCAGAUUGCGUCUCUUUCCUUUCUCCUUGAGGGAAAGAGCCAGGAGUUGGUUGCAAUCUUUGCAGCCUGGAACAAUUACAACAUGGGAUGAGAUGGCAAGAAAGUUCUUGAUUAAGUUUUUCCCUCCUUCAAAGUCAGCCCAAUUACGCAGUGAUAUUGGACAAUUUCGACAGUUAGAUCAAGAACCAUUCUAUGAGGCUUGGGAGAGGUUUAAGGAAUUAUUACGACGUUGCCCACAACAUGGUUAUCAAAUUUGGAUGCAAGUUCAGAUUUUUUAUCAAGGGUUGAACGCUCCAACACGAACAAUAGUUGAUGCUGCUGCAGGGGGUGCUCUAUUAGCCAAGACAGCUGAUGAAGCCUUCACUUUGAUGGAGGAAAUGGCCACCAACAGUUAUCAGUGGCCUAAUGAGAGGUCGGGCCCAAGGAAAGUUGCUGGGUUAUAUGAAGUUGAUCAGAUGACAGCCUUGAAUGCCCAAAUUGCUGCUCUACAAACCCAAAUGGCCGCUCUAUCAGCGCAAAAUAAUCCAACGGUUAUGGAGAGUGUAGCAGCGGCUGCUGCAAUGCAGGGGCAAGAAAUGAGUCCAGAACAAGCCCAGUUUAUGGCAAACCGCUCCUUCCCCAAUAAUUACAGAAGCAACAACAUGCCUAAUUAUUAUCAUCCAGGAUUGCGCAAUCAUGAAAAUUUCUCUUAUGCCAAUAAUAAAAAUGUGCUGCAACCACCUCCAGGAUUCGAUUCUCAACCGCAACAAGAGAAAAAGCAGUCGUUGGAAGACAUUUUGGGCACUUUUAUUUUGGAGUCUAACAAGAGGUUCGGAAAAAAUGAAGCAAGACUCGACAAUAUAGAAACCCAUAUGACUAACAUGGGUGCUUCAAUGAAGAAAAUUGAGACUCAAGUGGGCCAAUUAGCUAAUGCGGUGAAUUCGAAUCAGAAGGGAAGUUUUCCUAGUGCCACUGUGGUAAAUCCAAAGGAAUCAUGCCAAGCAGUUUCUUUGAGAAGUGGUAAGGUGCUUAAAAAGGGUGAUGUUCAAGCUAGUUCAAAGGAGAAAGUUGAGCCAGUGGUACGAGAGGUAGACAAAGAAGAGCAAGCCAAGAAGCAGAGUGGAAGUGACCAGAAUGACAUGAAGAAAGAUAGCCUUCCAGUGUAUCAACCUCCCAUUCCAUACCCUCAACGAUUUUAG